AUGGAUCCCAUCUCUGAUAUACUUAGGAAGGAUCCCGUAGCCUUGGACGAGUACCGUGAACUUCUCGAGAAGAAGAACUCCUCGAAGAGGGCGUAUGAUCAGUACGUCAGCAGAGUUGCGUCCAAGAUUGAUAACUAUGAGGACGCUAGGCGGUAUACGAAAUGUGUACUACUGGCGCGGGAGGACUUCAAGCAGAGGAUACGAUCCCUGGUUGAGGAGCAAGAGCAGCUGAUACAGAGGUGGGAGAAGAGUGGUGUGCAAGACGAUGAGCAGUUGAUGCAGGAGCUGGAACAGCUCUCGAAGAGAGCGCAUGGCGACUUUGCGAGUAUGAGGAUACCUCUCUUUUGUCACGAUUCCCAUCGCUACAAGGGCAUGAGUGUAGAUAGGCGUCGUUUGAUUAAGUAUUUACAGGAGAGCGCUAUAUAA